AUGUACUAUGUAGAAAGUGGUCGCCCGAGUGUCUAUGGUCAUGUAGCUCUGAAUGCUGGAAGUGAGGCGUCACUGGAGAAACUUGGUUGGUUUCGUUUUUCGCAUGGACGAUGGGGCAUCCGAAGAGGUGAAGUACAAAUGCAGGAAGCACAUAAUGUCCAUUACACCAACUGCAAGAAACAGGCAUACAUCGAGCAAUUCCACGCCACUUAUUUUGCUUCACCGGAAAAAAGAACUUCUGAUCUCAAAUUGGGCAGACGAUUGUCGUCAAAUGCAUGGGUUCGUAAAGCUAUAUACGACGAUAGAGCAGUAACACUGGAGCAUGGCGAAGGAGUAGCCAUUACGUUCACGAUACAUACGGAGACGCGUCCAAAGAUCGUCUAUGAUGGUUCUUAUUUCGAGCAUUUUGAAGGCUUUAUUCAGAUGGACGAACACAGCAAUCGCUUUUUGCAUGUAACCUUCUAUGAAGCGCGUGGGACUAUACUUGGCCACAUCUACAAUAACAAAAAGAAAACCGCAUCUCUAGAAAGGAUUCACUUCCAAGUGGACUAUGGAAGAAAGUCAAAUUACACAACGCGCAUUUUGAUCCCAUCUUCUGUUAAUGGGACUCGAUAUGUGUGCUUCUAUCCUGAAGGAGAUGUGGAUAGAAUGUCCUGUCAAUGGCUUGCGUGA